CAUCUUUAAUACUUUUUGACAGAAGCGUUUGGGGCGCCUGAAAAUUAUAUGAAUAGUGUAAAAAGAUAUGGAGAUCACGAAUAUCACAAUUCCAAGCCUUAAUUUCCUCCUUGUCAUGGACCUCCUCCGGCCAUAUGGAUUCUCUUUUAUCUGCACAGUUCUAUGGCAUUUUGUUUCUUUUUCUCACAGUAUAUUGUCGAUCUAAUUGAAAGUCUCGAUAAUAAACGAUUAGAAACAAUUCAAUUUACAUUCAAAUAGGUAUGUUUUAUUUUCUUAAUCUAUGAUGCUUUAAAUUGAGAAAUAAUUUCAUUCUCGUUUUAGGUUUCAUUGUAUUCACAGAAGUAUUCAAACGUUGUCCCAGAAGAAACUGCUCAUUUGGUUAUCAAAAAAAGGUGAUAAUGAAGAUUUUGAUAGUGACCAAGUAAAUUCUCAGAGUCAAUCUAGUUCAAUGUUUGUCGAUGAUUUUACCGGUGUUGGAAUUAAAGUUUCGUUUAAUGGUAAAGCAAACGAAAUGCGUAAUAUGCAACAAUUAUCUGGUGUUCAGAAAUCUUUGGUUGCUUUGCCACUCAUAUUCAGUAUACAAAAAUGUGAUUCAGCAUCAUUUUAUCUAUUUGAUAAAAUUGAUCAAGCAUUAGAUCCACAAUAUUGA